AUUGACGGUGAGCGCACAGUUGAGGUGUGCGCAGGCUGAGCACUGAGGAGUUGAAUACCAGGAGCAAGUUAAAGGAUAUUUUAAUAAUUAACAUCUUAUUUUAAUAAAUCUCAGCGAUACAAUGUGGAAGUCUGUGGUGGGCCAUGAUGUAAAUGUGAAGGUGGCAUCAGAGGGAGACGACUGGGAGACGGAUCCAGAUUUUGAGAAUGACGUCUCGGAGCAGGAGCAGAGGUGGGGGUCCAAAACAAUAGAAGGGUCCGGCCGGAAGGAGCACAUCAGUGUUGCAGAUCUGAGGCAAAAGGUGUCUCAUGAGCAUGAGGUGGUGAAGAAGAAGGAGCUGGAUUCGGGCCCAAAGGCAUCUUAUGGAUAUGGAGGAAAAUUUGGGGUGGAGAAAGACAGAAUGGAUAAGGGUGCAGUGGGACAUUCCUAUGUGGCUCAGGUAGAUCAGCACUCUUCCCAGACGGAUGCAGCAAAGGGUUUUGGAGGGAAAUUCGGGGUGCAGAAGGAUCGUGUAGAUAAGUCUGCCAUGAAUUAUGAAUAUAAGGGAGAAGUUGACCAGCAUGCAUCUCAGAAAGACUACGCCAAAGGGUUUGGUGGAAAGUACGGAGUGCAGAAGGAGAGAGUGGAUAAAGCUGCUCUGGGUUACGACUACAAAGGAGAAACUGAGAAACACCAAUCCCAGAAAGAUUACUCAAAGGGUUUUGGAGGGAAGUUUGGAGUGGAGAAAGAGAAGGUGGAUAAAGCGGCUCAUGGUUACGAUUAUAAAGGAGAAACUGAGAAACACCAGUCCCAGAAAGAUUACUCAAAGGGUUUUGGAGGGAAGUUUGGAGUGGAGAAAGAGAAGGUGGAUAAAGCGGCUCUUGGUUACGAUUAUAAAGGAGAAACUGAGAAACACGAGUCCCAGAAAGAUUAUGCAAAGGGAUUUGGAGGACGGUACGGUGUGCAGGAAGACCGUAUGGAUAAGAGUGCAGCAUCGUUCAGUGAAAUGGAGUCACCGACCUCGUCUUAUGAGAAGACUCUGCCACUCGAGACCUCAAGUGCUGGUGCUGGUAAUCUAAAGGCCCGGUUUGAGAAUAUGGCCAAAGCGUCCGAGGAUGAGAACCGUAAAAAGGCAGAGGAGGAGCGGGCGAGACGACAAGCCCGAGAGAAAAGAGAGAGAGAGGAGGCACAAAAUAGACAGCAGGUGCAGAGCAGUAAAGAGGAGGUGAAGGAGAGGAGACUCCCGCCUGUCCCAGCGGCCGCCGAGACCCCUCAACAGGCAUUCAGACCACUGCCUGAAACACCCAGAGACGAACCUGAACCUGAACCUGUAGCUCAGGAAGAUGAUCAGCCUGAUUAUGAUGAGCCCCCCUCCCUGCCCCCUCGAUCUGCUGACAUGUUUCAUGAGGAGGAGCCAAAGGAUGAAGACGCCCCUCCUCCUCUUCCUCACCGGGACAUAGAUGUGGGAGGAUGUGAGGCUGAGGGAGAGUAUGAGGAUGUAGAAGAAAAUCAGAAUGAGGGAGGAUAUGAGGAAAUAGCAGCGGCUAAAUGCACUACUGCAGAUAACGAAUACGAGGACCUUGGCAGUGGUCAGGCAGCCAGAGCUAUUUAUGACUAUGAGGGCGGAGCGGAUGACGAGAUCUCCUUCAUGCCUGAUGACAUCAUCACUAACAUAGAGAUGGUGGACGAGGGCUGGUGGAAGGGAACCUGCCAUGGUCGAACUGGUCUUUUCCCAUCAAGCUUUGUGGAGCUCAUGCAGUAAAGUGCUGAAGCUCCGCCCACUUUUAAAGUCAUCUCAUUCUCGCUAGCUGUAGCCUGAAGGGUUGCCAAAUUUGCCUGACAAAAAUCCACCAUUGUUUGGAACAAUAAAACAAAAUAAUUAUUAUAGUAAUAAAUAUUGUUUACUGCUUUUAUUAAUUUUUUUUAAAAGAAAAUCAUCGUCAGAACGCCAAACUAGUAUCAAACUGUCGCUGCUUACAAAUGUAUUAUUUACUGCAGAUUUGGUUUAAGACUGAUUAUUUGGUCCGUUAAAUCUGUUUCAUAUAAUAUUUUGAAAUAUGUAUUAUGAUUUGUUUUCAUAUUUUUUAAUCAGUAUAGUUGGAUUUAUGUAAUGACUGAAAUGGUUACGAACAUGUCUAGAGUUCCAAUCCCACUUCAACCCUGUCACUCAACUCAAUAUCAUGCACUGAGAUCAUGGUCUGAACUUGCAAAUCAGUGUUUUAUCCACAGUGUUGCAAAGUUACAAAAUGCAAAUAUUUAAACAGAAUAUAAUGUGCAAUGGAAUGGUACAGUGUUUUAAAACAGAUUUUUCAUAAUAAACUGAAUUCUUUCCUGGAAAAUGAUGUUUUAAUGUCAUGAAAAGAACUUAAUAAACAAUAAACUGUUUAUAUUUGACAUGA